GAUCCAGAGACUCGUCUUGAUGCGGAAUUAACUAAAAUUUUGAACGAAACUUCGGUAGACACUAACACUCAUGAUAAAGUAAAACAAUAUUCUGAAUUAUUAAGACGUUAUUUAUUCUUCAAGAAUAAACAUCACGAGGAUAAUUCUGCGGUUGAGAAAAUUGAAAAUACCGAAGUUAUUCCUGACACUAAUGAUUUUUCUGCCAUUAAUGGAAAUCAAGAAAUUAAUAGUAUAGCGAUAAAUAAUAGUAUUGCUGAACAAAAUAAAUCGUAUAAAGUUUCUGAC